AUGAGUAGAGAGGUAGGAGAGAGCCUGGUAGGAAGGGACAAAGUACCUGAGCCUGGGCGGGCAAGACGAGUUGCUAGGAGAAAGGCUUUGGAUGUGGACCGGAUGGUUCUUUACAAAAUGAAGAAAUCCGUGAAAGCAAUAAAUAUCUCUGGGCUGGCUCAUGUGGAAAACGAGGAGCAGUACACCCAGGCUCUGGAGAAGUUCGGGGGCAACUGUGUGUGCAGAGAUGACCCAGAUUUAGGAAGUGCAUUCCUGAAGUUCUCGGUGUUUACAAAGGAGUUGACAGCACUUUUCAAAAACCUGAUUCAGAAUAUGAACAACAUCAUCUCCUUCCCCCUGGACAGUUUGCUGAAAGGAGACCUGAAAGGAGUGAAAGGGGAUCUGAAAAAGCCUUUUGAUAAAGCUUGGAAGGACUAUGAAACAAAAAUAACCAAAAUUGAAAAAGAGAAGAAGGAGCAUGCCAAACUGCAUGGAAUGAUUCGCACUGAAAUCAGCGGGGCUGAAAUUGCCGAAGAGAUGGAGAAGGAGCGGCGGCUUUUCCAGCUACAGAUGUGCGAGUAUCUGCUGAAGGUCAAUGAAAUUAAGAUUAAAAAGGGAGUGGAUUUACUUCAGAAUCUGAUCAAAUAUUUUCAUGCCCAGUGCAAUUUUUUCCAGGAUGGACUGAAAGCAGUUGAGAGCCUCAAGCCUUCCAUUGAGACACUUUCAACAGACCUUCACACAAUCAAACAGGCCCAGGAUGAAGAAAGAAGGCAACUGAUACAGCUUCGAGAUAUUUUGAAAUCAGCAUUGCAGGUUGAACAGAAAGAGUCUAGGAGAGAUCCACAAAUUCGCCAGAGUACAGCCUAUAGUUUACAUCAGCCUCAGGGAAACAAAGAGCACGGGACUGAGCGGAACGGCAAUCUCUAUAAGAAGAGCGACGGGAUCCGAAAAGUGUGGCAGAAAAGGAAAUGUUCAGUUAAAAAUGGUUUCCUGACCAUAUCCCACGGCACCGCAAACCGGCCUCCGGCAAAGCUCAACCUAUUAACCUGCCAAGUGAAGACCAACCCCGAGGAGAAAAAGUGUUUUGACCUUAUUUCACAUGACAGGACGUACCACUUCCAAGCGGAGGACGAGCAGGAAUGUCAAAUAUGGAUGUCUGUGCUGCAGAACAGCAAAGAAGAAGCUUUAAACAAUGCAUUUAAGGGGGAUGACAAUACCGGGGAAAAUAACAUAGUCCAAGAGCUGACAAAGGAGAUCAUCUCCGAAGUGCAGAGGAUGACGGGCAAUGACGUGUGUUGCGACUGUGGGGCACCAGAUCCUACAUGGCUUUCCACCAAUCUGGGCAUCCUGACCUGCAUUGAGUGCUCUGGAAUCCACCGGGAGCUCGGGGUUCACUAUUCGAGGAUGCAGUCCCUCACGUUAGAUGUCUUAGGAACAUCUGAGCUGCUGCUUGCCAAGAAUAUUGGGAAUGCAGGCUUUAAUGAGAUUAUGGAGUGUUGCCUUCCAGCUGAAGACUCGGUCAAACCCAACCCCGGCAGUGACAUGUAAGUAUGAAACUGGCUGUUCUCGUUU